AUGGACACUAUCGAGGAGUGCGGCGAUGGAAGCCGCCACCUGCUGGGCCUCGGCAACAGGAUCCUCGUCGGCGUGCCGGACAACUCCCGGGGCUGCUCGGAGCUGCUGUCGUGGGCGAUCGGCGCCGUCGCCAAGGCCAGCGACUCCGUCGUCGCCGUGCACGUCCUAGGAGGGAGGGGGAGGAAGAGGAGGCUGCAGAAGGCCAACGCCUUCGUCAUCUACAUGCUCGGCGAAUUCGUCGAAGCUUGUGAGGCCAAGCAGAUUAAUUUGGAGGCUAAGGUGAUAUGCAGCUCUAACAUUGGUACAGCCCUCACCCAAGAAGCUGAAUUGACUGAUGGAAACAUCCUUAUUGUUGGGAGAUCAAGAAAUGGAUACCAUAGGAGCCAUUUUGAGAUUGCAAACUACUGCUUCAUGCAUGCUCCAAAAAACUGCUCGGUGAUUGCUGUGGGAAGGGGAGGCCUACCACAAAGUAGUACUCGUCUGAGACCUCGGUCAUUUGAUGCAGACAGCACCAUCUCCUCAAGCUCAACAUGGAGCAGAAGAUUCCCACCCCUUCAGAAGCUACUGAGAUCAAACUCGACACGGAAGCUGGCUCAAUCUUCUAAUGAAGGCGCCGAGGACAAGAGCUCGCCGAGAGCAGUUCUGGAUGGGCCAGAGGCAGAGGGAGGCGAGAACCAAGUCACUGAAGAAUGCUACAGCACGUCUAGCCAUGAGGCGAGCCGGCGUGGACACAAUGGCCUGUGGAGACGGUUGUCAGACAUGAAGCUCUGGCUCCCAUCCCUGAGGAACAUCGGCGAUGAUAGCGCCAGGGGCAGCGAUGUCGGUUCCACCUAUGCAGAAGAUCACAAGCCUGCCUGGAGGUGUUUCAGCUUUCAGGAGAUUUCAGUGGCCACUAAUGACUUCCAUCCAGAUAACAUGGCUGGAAGAGGAGGCUAUGCAGAAGUAUACAAGGGCACCCUAUCUGAUGGCCAACAUAUAGCUGUGAAGAGGCUAGCAAAAGGCACGCCCAGUGAGCAGAAGGAGAAAGAGUUCCUGGCAGAGCUAGGGAUUCAGGGGCAUGUAUGCCAUCCAAACACAUCCUACCUUCUUGGAUGCUGCGUUGAGAAUGGGUUGUACCUGAUAUUCGAGUUCUGCGCAAACGGCACGCUAGCAUCGGCACUGCAUGGGAAGAGUGGGAAAACUCUUGAGUGGCCUCUGAGGUACAAGAUUGCGGUGGGUGUAGCGAGGGGCUUGCAAUAUCUGCAUAUGUUCUGCAGGCAUCGGAUCAUCCAUCGAGAUAUCAAGGCAUCCAAUGUACUUCUUGGCAAUGACUUCGAACCUCAGAUUUCAGACUUCGGUUUGUCAAAGUGGCUCCCAAAGCAGUGGACUCACCAUUCUGUCAUACCCAUAGAAGGCACAUUUGGGUACUUGGCACCAGAAUACUUCAUGCAUGGCAUCGUCGAUGAAAAGACCGACAUAUUCGCUUUUGGCGUUCUGCUGCUAGAGAUUGUCACUGGAAGGAGACCUAUUGACUGCUCCAAGCAAAGCCUUCUGCAAUGGGCAAAGCCACUGCUGGAAGCUGGGCAAGUGACUGAAUUUGCAGACCCAAACCUCGGAGAUGACUAUGACAAAGAUCAACUGAAUAGGAUGGUCGCAGUCGCAUCCCGCUGCAUCAUGCGACCGGCGAUGUGGCGGCCUUCAAUGGCCGAGGUUCUGCAUUUCCUGUCUACUACUGAUGAGUGUCUGAAGGAGCCCGAGAAAUGGAACAUUCCCGAGGACGAGGUGGACGACAUGGAUGAUUGUACAUUGUUUUCUGAAUCUUGUUCACCGUAA